AUAUUAUUUCCUGAAUUACACGACCCAGUUUGACCUUUUUAGUUUUUAUUAUGUUUUUGUGUUUGAUUUGAUGAUAGCUCCAUUAUAAUACAAUUUAAUUCAAAUCCUUCAAAUUUACUCCUUCAUUUUGGUCGACCUUCAUCACCACUCACUCUCUCUCUCUCUCUCUCUCUCUCUGUAGAACCAAAAAAACCCACAAUACCAACAAUAGUUCUUUCAAGAAACCUUCAGAUUCCCCUACAAUCGAAAAAGCAUAAUAAAGUUGGAGGGAUUGCCCCAGCACAUAGGAAACUUUGUUCCUUCUUAUCUUGUUAGAUUCCGGAGCGAAAAAGAAGAAAACCGACCAAUUAUUCAUCAAACCCUAGUCAAAUAAGAAGAAAACCAGGGGAUAUAAGAGAAGAGGUGCGUGUGUUUACUUUUUCAAGUUUUCAUUGAAGAUUAUGAAGCAAAUGUCGUCAUCUCAUAUGGAUAAUAUCCCAUCAACGCCGGGGAAAUUCAAGAUGGAAAAAUCGUCGUACAUUCAGAGAUGCAGGCAUUCUUCAUCUGUCGCAAAACUCACAUUCUUUGUGUUCUUGGGAUUAAUCUUGGUUUUAUUCUUCAAAUCACCAUCUACUUCGUCGUUGUCAUCAUCAUCAUCAUCACCAUACUCAUCAUCGUCAUCAAUCUCAUCAGAUCUCUCUCGCAGAUCUUUAAAAACCAGUUCAUGGGGGGGACUCGCUUGGGAGAAACGUGUCAGAUCCUCCGCCAGGAUCCGUUCAAGAAACGGGUUCUCCGUUUUAGUCACCGGAGCAGCCGGAUUCGUCGGAACCCAUGCCAGCGUCGCCUUGAAACGCCGGGGAGAUGGCGUUUUAGGCCUGGAUAACUUUAACGAUUACUAUGAUCCUGCACUCAAACGAGCUCGUCAAUCUCUACUCGAACGAAGUGGGAUCUAUAUCGUGGAAGGAGACAUAAACGACGCCCCAUUGCUCAAGAAACUCUUCGAAUUAAUCCCUUUUACUCACGUAAUGCAUUUAGCUGCUCAAGCAGGUGUUCGUUACGCCAUGGAGAAUCCAGGCUCUUAUGUCCAUAGCAACAUCGCUGGUUUCGUUAAUCUUCUUGAAGUCUGUAAAAGCGCGAAUCCACAGCCAGCAAUCGUUUGGGCAUCAUCAAGUUCUGUUUACGGAUUGAACACAAAAGUCCCCUUUUCAGAAAAAGAUCGAACCGAUCAGCCGGCGAGCCUCUACGCCGCCACAAAAAAAGCCGGCGAAGAAAUCGCUCAUACCUACAAUCACAUAUACGGUUUAUCAUUAACCGGAUUACGAUUCUUCACCGUUUACGGACCUUGGGGAAGACCGGAUAUGGCGUAUUUCUUUUUCACGAGAAACAUCUUAAAAGGGAAAUCAAUCCCAAUCUUUGAAGCUGCAAAUCACGGAACUGUAGCUCGUGAUUUCACCUACAUUGAUGAUAUCGUAAAGGGUUGUUUGGGUGCGUUAGAUACUGCAGAAAAGAGCACCGGAAGCGGCGGGAAGAAACGUGCGCCUGCGCAAUUACGGGUUUUUAACCUCGGGAACACCUCGCCGGUUCCAGUUUCCGAUCUGGUGAGCAUUUUGGAGCGAUUGUUGAAGGUUAAAGCGAAGCGAUUGGUUAUGAAAUUGCCCAGAAAUGGCGAUGUUCAGUUCACCCAUGCGAAUAUUAGUUCGGCUCGGAGGGAGUUUGGGUAUAAACCAACUACAGAUCUUCAAACGGGGUUGAAGAAGUUCGUCAGAUGGUAUGUGAGUUACUAUGGUUCAGUAAAGAAGAGCGAUCAGUGACGAUAAUUGAUGAUGAAUGAAUUCUUUCUCAAAUCGGGUGAUUUUUUUUUUUUUUUUCUCAAAUUCUUGAUUUUGAUUCGGAUAUGAUUGUUUUAUAACGAUGCUGUUCGUUUCCCACAAAUUAUCUUCGUUAUCGAGUUUUUCGUAUAUGUAAACGAGGCCCGGAAAGGCUGAAAUCGGACAUGGUUUUGAUUUGGUUGGGCCUCUUUUUGUGAUGUGUACUAAAAUUGUUGUAGAAUUCAUGAAGCAUUGACCAUAAUUCGUUUGUUUUCAUCUAGUCGAUUUGUAUCAUUUUGGAAUCAAAUAAAUAGAACGAGAUAGCUCGAGUUUAUUAA